AUCCUCUUCCUUCUUGUUCGUCCUCUCUCGUCAGCCAUGGCUUCUUCCACCCCCUUCAAGUUCCAUUCACAGACCUUCAAAACUCCAAACCCAUCACCUCCCAGAAUCUCACAUCUUCAUUUCCCUAAUUCAGUCUCGCACCACUCACGACGGCUCAACAAAGAAUCCACCACUAGAACUCGUUUCUUGGCUCCUCUCUGCUCCUCUCUCCCUUCUCCUUCUUCUCCUCCCGCCUCCAAAGAAGAGGCCAUCCUCCAAGCCAAGACUUGCCUCUCGUCUUGUCUCCUCAAACCCCUCAACAACCCGAAGCUCGCUUCCCCAAAGCUCAAGAAACUCAAACAGCCACGGUUCCGUCUCGAGAUCCCGAUCCUCGACGACGACUCGCCUUCCUCUCUCUCCCAGCUCGCGUUUUCCAUCUUCAGCGACAUGCCCAUCUCGAGAAGAGGCUCCAACGCCGUCGUCAGGCUCCUCUUCCUCUGGCCAGACCCUUCUUUCGUCGAACCAGCAGUCAAAGCUUUCCGCUCCGACAACACCAACCACAUCGCCAUGUCUCCCGUUUCAGAACCACUCAACAAAGCUUUAAAAACUGCUGACGUGGCGGUUUUCAUGGCGCCCGAGAGAUCGCAGCUGGAAGACGUGAGGGUAUCCACGGAAGGUUUCGCCACGAAGCCUGUGGUGAUGAUCAAUCCGAGGUGGUUGUUCGAGGAGGAGAAGAGCUUUGGAGACGACUUCGUCGGUUCGUUUGAUGUGGUUUACGCGUUUACGGGUUUGGAAGUGAGGGGGAUACUGAGCAAGAGGAAAGGAGUGAUCUUUAAGUGUGUGAGAGACGGUGUUGUGAGUGGAGAGAGAUGGAACGUUCUCGUUGAAGAGGAAGAAGGGGAUGGGGCUUUGAAAGUGGUCUCUCAGUUCAAAGCGAGGCCGUCGAUGGAGGAAGUUGAGCUUGUUUUGUAUAACUUGAUGGCUAUGAACUCACCUAUCACCAAAUCAGCUAAGUUCUUUAAGGAUUUGGUUUCUAAUAUCACUGGGAAGAAAUAGUUGAUUAGUGAGAAUUGUGUAAUGUGUUCUUGUUCACUUUCCCUUGAACUAAGAGAGAUCCCAAUACAGAGUAUGUGUUUUUGAUAAAGAAAAUGCAACUCAUUGAACCUUAUUAACCAUUCAAGAACAGGCCUUGAGAGAGUGUA